GCAGCACCGUCUCGCCGCCUCCAGAGCGCCAGCCCAAGCAUGCUGCUCGAGAUGUUAGGCCAGCACCAAGUGUUCCAAACCACUGACUUUGAGUUCAUCAUGAAUGAGACUAGCCCUCCCUUUGACUACGAACUGGACAACAAAAGCGACACCUGCUGCACCUUCCCACCGUGCCCACAGGACCUCAGCCAGAAGUUUGACCAGACCUUCCUGCCGGUCCUCUACAGCCUGGUCUUCGUGCUGGGGCUGCUGGGCAAUGGAGCAGUGGCUGUGGUGCUGCUGAGCCAGCGGGCGACACUGAGCAGCACAGACACCUUCCUGCUCCACCUGGCUGUCGCCGACGUGCUGCUGGUGCUCACCCUGCCACUCUGGGCAGUGGAUGCUGCUAUCCAGUGGGUCUUCGGCUCUGGCCUCUGCAAAGUGGCUGGGGCCCUCUUCAACAUCAACUUUUACGCAGGGGCCCUCCUGCUGGCCUGUAUCAGCUUUGACCGGUACCUGAGCAUCGUGCACGCCACUCAGCUCUACCGCCGGGGGCCUCCAGCCCGGGUGACCCUGACCUGUCUGAUGGUCUGGGGGCUUUGUCUGCUCUUUGCCCUCCCAGACUUCAUAUUCCUGUCAGCUCUCCAAGACAAGCGUCACAAGGUCACCUACUGCAGGCAUAACUUCCCACCCGUGGGACGCACGGUACUGCGUGGGCUGCAGCUGGUGGCUGGCUUCCUGCUGCCCUUGCUGGUCAUGGCCUACUGCUAUGCCCGUAUCCUGGCUGUGCUGCUGCUCUCCAGGGGCCAGCGGCGGCUGCGGGCCAUGCGGCUGGUGGUGGUGGUAGUCGUGGCCUUUGCCCUCUGCUGGAGCCCCUACCACCUGGUGGUGCUGGUGGAAACCCUCACAGACCUGGAGUUCUUAGCCCGUGACUGCAACCGAGAAAGCCACAUGAAUGUGGCCAGAUCAGUGACGGAAUGCCUGGGCUAUAUGCACUGCUGCCUCAACCCAAUGCUCUACGCCUUUGUGGGUGCCAAGUUUCGAGAGCGCAUGUGGCUGCUGUUUGUGCGCCUGGGCUGUCCUGAGCAGAGGCAGCACCAGAGGCCACCUUCAUCUUCCCGCUGGGAAUCCUCCUGGUCUGAGACCACAGAGGCCUCCAACUCGGGCUUGUAAGUCGCGAAUGGAAGUGCCCCUUCCAACAUUCCUCUGGACGCUGCACACUGCAAACACACACUGGCCGCUCCUCCCUUUCUACAACCUCUAGCCCCCAGACAUGCCCCAGGGAGCCACUCUCUG